CACACAAGCCCAAGAACUGCUGCGUUGGUCGCUUUUUUUAAUUGUGAAUGCGAGUACAAUUUGUCCUGUUCUCUGCAACAGUCUCUAGGAAUUACAACGAUCUGCACACCGUUGAACAGAGUUGAGAUGGCGUACACACCACAAAUGGAUGCACCAAUGUACACUCCUUACCCAGACCAGCAACAGGGACCAAUUCAGCAACAGCCAGCACCCAUGCAGCAUACGUCACACAAUACAACUGUGGUUGUACAGCAACAACCACAAAACAUCAUCGUGCAGGGACCACGUGACUGGUCUAGUGACCUGUGCGCAUGCUUCAAUGAUUUGUCAAGCUGUUGUUUGGGAACAUUCUUCCCGCUAUGCUUUGAGAUGCAUUUGUGGAAUCGUAUGGGCGAGAAUGCAUGUGGCCCGUGUUGCAUCGUCAACUCCGCUUCAAUGUUGAGAGUUAAGAUAAGAACCAAGCAAAAUAUUCAGGGCACUCUCUGUGGAGAUUACUGUAUUACUGCUUUCUGCUACCAAUGUGUUUUGUGUCAGCUGUCUCGCGAGGUGGACUUCGUCGAGCGUACUGGUAUGGACGGUGGCUCUCCAAUGUCCGCUACUGGGACUACUCACACCAUAAUCCAAUAAUGAUGCUAUCAUCAGGACCAAAAGACUGAAGAGGCUUAUUUUUUCUUUUGUCGAACAAAUAAUAUCUGUUGGGUUAUCGUUUUGAGAUGACCAAUACAAAGUUUCACAUCUUCUAAAGAUGUUGAUCGAAAAUAGAAAGUAAAAU